UACGGGACUUGGAGGGAGGGGGCCAAGAGAGGGGAUGCCGAUCGCCCGACCGGAGCCAAAAGAUGCCCGCGUGAUCGCCCACGUCGACAUGGAUUGCUUCUACGUCCAAGCGGAGCAACGAAAGAAUCCUGAAUUAAGGGGUUUGCCGACUGCUGUAGUACAAUAUAAUUCUUGGAAAGGUGGGGCCUUGAUUGCUGUUAGUUAUGAAGCUCGAAGAUUUGGUGUUAAGCGUUCUAUGCGAGGGGAUGAGGCAAAGAAGGUCUGUCCAAACAUCCAAUUAAUUCAAGUUCCUGUUGCCCGUGGUAAAGCUGACUUGAAUCUAUAUCGCAAUGCUGGCUCUGAGGUAGUCUCGAUACUUGCUACAAAAGGACGGUGUGAGCGGGCAUCAAUAGAUGAAGUGUACCUUGAUCUUACUGAUGCAGCUAAAUCGAUGCUGUUAGAAACCCCUCUAGAGGUGUUGGAAGCAAUUGAUGAAGAGGCUUUGAAGUCACAUAUUCUGGGUGUUACUAAUGAUAUAGCUGACAGGGAAGGGAAUGUGAGGGAGUGGCUCUGUCGGAGUGAUGCUGACCAUGAAGAUAAGUUAUUAGCUUGUGGAGCCAUUAUUAUUGCACAACUUCGGACAAAAGUUUUAGAGGAAACCAAGUUCACAUGUUCAGCUGGCAUUGCUCACAAUAAGAUGUUAGCAAAACUUGCCAGUGCAAUGCAUAAACCUGCACAACAAACAGUGGUACCAUCAUCAUCAGUAAAAGAUUUACUGGCUUCCUUGCCUGUGAAAAAAAUGAAACAACUUGGGGGAAAGCUUGGAAGCUCCCUACAAACUGAUCUUGAAGUGAAAACUGUUGGUGAUUUACUACAAUUCACUGAAGAACAGUUGCAAGAGCACUAUGGCAUUAAUACAGGCACAUGGUUAUGGAAUAUUGCAAGAGGUAUCAAUGGAGAAGAAGUUGAGGAUCGCCUUCUACCUAAGAGUCAUGGUUGUGGAAAGACAUUUCCUGGUCCACAAGCAUUGAAGACUACUGCUUCUGUUGAGAACUGGCUUAAUCAACUGUGUGAAGAAUUGAGUGAACGCAUUCAGUCUGACCUGGAUCAGAACAAGCGGCUUGCGCACAUGCUGACCCUGCAUGCUAAAGCAUUUAAGGUAAAUGAUUUGGGCUCUCACAAGAAAUUUCCUUCAAAGUCGUGCCCACUGCGCUAUGGGACUGCAAAAAUUCAAGAAGAUGCAAUGAAACUCUUUGUUUCUGGUCUUCGUGAAUUUUUGGGUUCGCAAAAUGUUGGAUGGGGCGUCACAUCUCUUUCUGUUACAGCUAGCAAACUUUUAGAUAUACCACAUGGAACAUCAAUUGUAAGGUUUCUUCAAGACAAAAAUGCUUCCAUUUCAUUGGCUGGUUCGAAUGUGUCCAUGGAAGAAAUUGUUCCCUUGCCUCCAGCAGAUCAAAAUGGGAAACAGAAUGAAGGUGCCUCUGAAAAGAUUGGUGAUAAUAAUGACACGUUGGUUCAAGAUAAAGCUCUUCGCAGAAGAGGAACAUGGACCAGAAAGCCGAAAGAUAAGGCAAAAUGUUCUAUUUUAAAUUUUUUUCAAGGCAGCAAUUCCUCUUCUUGGACGACAAAAGAGGCAUUGGAUGGUUCCUUUCAAGAUCAUGCACCCUUGUCAUCUUCUGGCAAUCAGCUCUAUUCAGGGGUGAACAAAAUUGAGCAACAAGGAGGACCUGCAGAGGCCAACAAUGGCACUGGCGCACAUCCCAAUCAAACCGGACAAAAAAUUGAUACAUGGACUUUCAAUAUUGAAGAUAUUGAUCCAUCAGUAAUAGAUGAGCUGCCUUUGGAAAUCCAAAGCGAAGUCCAAGGCUGGCUUCAGCCACCUAAGUGUGCAAAUAAAAGAGGUUCCAAUAUUGAAGGCAGCAAUUCCUCUCGGAUGUUUAAAGAUCAUGCACCCUUGUCUUCUUCUGCAAAUCAGCACUAUUCAGGAGCAAACAAAAUUGAGCAAAAAGGAGGACCUGCAGAGGCCAACAAUGACACUGACACUCAUCCUGAUCAAAGUGGACAAAAAUUUGAUACGUGGACUUUCAAAAUUGCAGAUAUUGAUCCAUCUAUAAUUGAUGAGCUGCCUUUGGAAAUCCAAAGAGAAGUCCAAGGCGGGCUUCAGUCACCUAAGCAUGCAAACACUAGUAAAAGAGGUUCCAGUAUUGAAAGCAGCAAUUCCUCUUCUUGUAUGACAAAAGAGGCGUUGGAUGGUUUCUUUAAAGAUCAUGCACCCUUGUCAUCUUCUGGAAGUCAGAACCAUUCAGGAACAAACAAAAUUGAGCAAGGAGGGCCUACAAAGGCCAACAAUAGCACAAGCGCUCAUCCCAAUCAGACUGGACAAAAAUUUGAUACGUGGACUUUCAAUAUUGAAGAUAUUGAUCCAUCUAUAAUUGAUGAGUUGCCUUUGGAAAUCCAAAGAGAAGUUCAAGGCUGGCUUCGGAUACAUAAGCGUGCAAACACUAGUAAAAGAGGUUCCAGUAUUGUUCAUUACUUCUCAUCCGCAAAAAAAUCAUAGGAUUAUGGAUGGUUUUAGAUUAUUCAGUACUAUAGAGCAUUGCAUAUUGAAGUCCAAGGCACUGGAUGGGAACUGAGUUAUCAUCUGGGGUGGAAGUUCCAUGUAGCAACCUGACUCUUGGAUGUCUUUAAGAAUGAUGACUGAAGUCCUACAGGCUAGAUUAGCUAUGAAGUCAUAUAAUGUUGUCUGCAACCUUUUAAAGAUUCAUAUUUCAUUCUUGUGAUAUUACCCAGAGCUUGGUCAUUGAAAUCUUCCAAAGGCUAUUUCACAGAUAUAGUGCCCCCAUUUUUCCCUUAUUUCUAGUAGUUGAUGCUGGGUGAAGAUUGUUGGAGCUGUUGGUCAAGGAGAUGCACCUUCAUACUUUCACAUUGUGCUGAGUGGCUGCCGGUCAUGUAUCUCACAAGCCAUGUGAUUAUUGUCUAUUAAAAUUUUGAGAUUAUCUAUCCAUGUACAAUUUUUCUUUUUUCUUCUUGGAACAUCUCUUUUUUUUUUCCUGUUGUAAUUCUGUCUAAACCCACUUAUGUAUUUGUUGUGAAUGUUAUAAAUGACAUGCAUAAUUUUAUCCUAGCUGCUCCUAAUGAUUGGGUUUUCUUUGUAAAUACCUUCUCACUCUCUACCACCCAUUAAGUACAUAUAAAAAGUUCAUCGAAA